UAAUAUAUUUAAAGUACCAAAGAAAAAGCUAGUGUUAGCUUGAUGCAGGUGAAUACAGUAACUUACGUCAAGUUAACAUAGCAUGUUUAAGGCAAUAUUACGCAGUUCUAACUAACGAUACUAUCGUGAUGACAUUUGUUUGUGACUCUUGUUGUUUUCCAAUGUGCACGUAAAAUAUCAUAUAACUGUAUAAUGCUAGAUGUAAGUUAACUAACAAGAUAUUGUUACGUUAGUUACGCUAGUCCCGCCUCCUUUCAGCCCUCGCAUUUGUUCCCAUGGCAACCUACAACAAACGUCCCCAAAUUUCAGUGGAGGCUGUGAAGUUUAUGCGUGAACUGGCUACAUCUGUAAUAAACUGUAUUAUAUUAUAUUAUAUCAUACUGUCAGUCUUUAAAUCUUGUUAAGGUCAAAAUAGAAAGGUUAGCAUUCAGCAGACUGUUGUAGACGUGCUUAUUCAUUGUCCUUUGCACAGGACACCACUAGCCGAGGACCAUGAGACGAGGAUCCGGCUCCACGAAUUCAAGGAGCAGCUCUGAUACCCGCAGGUACCGCAAGCGAGCCCCCACCUCUCAGGUGGAUGAGACCCUGUUUGGGAAUACAACACCGAUAUCCCAGUUGGACAAACGUGGAAACUCAGCCUCCAAGGCCAAGAAUCAAACCCAGAGGAAUCAAGAAGGAGAGACUGUUCAAAUUGUCACCAAAGACCUUAUACGCAACCUCAGGAUCCCAUUUAGGGAUCCUUCAGGAGAGUCGAUCAUUCUGCCAACAACUGAGUUUGAGCGGAUCACCUCAGCAUCCCGGGUGCUAGCCAAGGUGGAGAGGGAGACCCUGAGGGAGGCUUAUCAGAGACAGAAAGAAGAGGAACUUCAAGCUGCAGACGAAAGGAAGCGUCGAAUCUAUGAGGCAGACCUGUCCCGUAAGGAGAACAAGGCACUGACUGAGCUGGAGCUAGAGGCCCGGGACCGUGCGCAGCACCUGGUGGAGCGGGCCAAUGCCUUAAGGAUGGAGCAAGAGGAUGAGAUCCAAAAGCUUAACAAGCUGAUUCUCGGUGCUCAGUGUCAAGCCACACGUGAUGCCCAGAUCCGUGAGAAGACACAGAUCCAGUCAGAGAUGUCAGAGGAGGAGAAGCGUCUGGAUGCCAUGAUGGAAGUGGAGCGCCGCAAGGCCUUGGAGACUAUGGAGCAGAUAGAUGAGCGGCACAAACAGCAGAGGAUCAGCGGAAUGCAGAAAAUUUACGACCAGAUCCAGCAACGUCUGGAGGAGAAGCAAGUGCAAGAAGAGAUGAAAGAGCAGGAGAAACAGCAGAUACGAGAGAAGCAGGAAAAAAUGAACCUGGAGGACCUGAGGGCUCUGGAAAAGAAGAGGGAGGAGCAGCAGCAUCUGCAGGAAGAGAUCAUGCGUAUCAAUUCUGAGACCAUGCGGGCCAAGGAGCAGAGGAGCGAGGAGGAGAAGCUGACUGACAUGAGAGACAUGGAAUACAUAAGAAACAAAAUGGAGCGGGAGGCAGAAUAUGAAGCAGAGCAGAGACGAAUCAAGAAGGAGAAGGAGUUAGAGAUUGCCAGGCUGAGGGCCCGGCAAGAAAAAGCAAAAGACUACAAGGCAGAGCAGGAUGAACUCCGUGCUCGGAGGAACCAAGAGAUCGCAGAUAGAGAAUGGAGGAGAAAAGAGAGAGAGAGAGCUGCAAAGAAAGCUCAGGAGGAAGCAAUGCUGAGGGCAGCUCGCUCACAGCAGGUUCAUUGCAAAGAGCACUUCCUGUCGAUCGAGGCUGGCCGGGAGAAGGCAGAGUUUGAGAGGGUGGUGAAGGUGCAACAGGAAGCAAGCAUCAAACAAAAGGAGGACGAGGAGAAGCAGCGUCAGAAAGCACUCCGUCAUGCAGAGGCCAUCCGAAAUCAAGUGAAGGAACGUGAGCUGUCAGCCAUAGCUAAGCGCAGAGAGAUCUUCAAGGAGGCCGAUCGCUUGAUCGAGGAAGCCCGGCAGCGACGUGUUCGCCUCGAUGAGAUCAAAGAGAAGAAGCUGAAGGAGCUCAGGGCUACGGGGCUCUCUGAAAAGUACUGCAGUGAAGUGGAAAGGAAAGCCCGGGCCUGUGCGCUCUGAUCACUCACAACUGGAUUCAAAUGGUGCAAAGCCAUCACAUUUUACAGGGAUCAUGUUAAAGAUUUAAGUAUUUAUGGAAUUUGAACACAUAUAACAAUCUACCAAUAAACAUUUCUAUUGCACCUUCAUUGCUUUAUAAGCUUUUGAUCAAUGGUAUGUGAACAUUUUAGUAGUUGAUUGUGUUUUAAGUUGUUUUUUUGAAGCAUAUUGCAAAAACAAAACUUUAUUUUUAAUACAUUAAUACUUCCUCGCACACAGACUGACUCUACAUGAGACAGGGUACAAUUGUUAGUUUUAGUUUUUAUUCAGGUCAGUAUUUUCCUUUCAACUGAGACAUAUAUUCUGCCAGCCAUCAAUGACAGAUUCCCUUUAUUACAAAUAUGCAUGACAACAGGAAAAAAAUUCAGCUCACGUUAGGGUUAGGAUGGAAUUUAACACACAUAGCUUAAUGCAUGUAAGGAAGUAAAGUACAUCAAGGUAAACACAGGCUCUUAUUUCAGACCAUUUUCGACAAAAAAUUUAACAUAUGGAGAACUUAUUUCUUCAUCAUAACCAUCUAAACGCACAGCCUGCAGGGGUGCUUAUAGAUUUGGAGCUUGUGAAUUUACUUUUAGGGUUCUAUAAAAUAUUAUCAUAUCUUAACAUUACUGUCCUCAAGCUCCAACAUAACUGGUAACUAAAAUGAUCAAAUCCAGUGGAGUAAAAAGUACAAUAUUUCCUUCUCAAUUUUUGUUAAGGAGCAGUAUAAAAGCAUGAAAUUAACUAAGUAAAGUACAAGUAACUCAGAUUUGUGUACAUUUUUAAUGCAGGACUUUUGCUUGUAACUGAGUAUCUUUAUACACUGGUAUUUUUUUCUCUACUUUCUUUAGUGUGGGGCUGCAACUAACAAUUAUUUUCAUUGUCAGUUAUUAAUUAAUUAAACAUUUAGUUGUUUGGUAUAUAAAAUGUCAGGAAAUGGUAAUAAAAAAAUGUUGAUGAAAUCCUCAAAUGUCUUGUCCACAACACAAGGAUAUCCAGUUUACUGUAAUAGAGGAGUAGAGAAAUCAGAAAAUAUUAACAUUUAGGAAGCAAGUAUCAGAGAAUUUUUUUUGUCUUAAAAAAAAUGUCUCAAAUUAGUUGGUGAUUUAAUAGCUGACAACUAAUUGAUUUGGUUGAAGCUUAGAGUACACAAGUUCAUAUACAGAUACACAGACAACAAUAAACAAGAACAAAAUAUGAAGACAAAACUAAAAUAAUAAGUGUUAUUAUAUACAUUUUAUGUGUUAUAUGCAUUAUUUCAUAAUCAUUUAAUAACUCAGAUGUCUUGCUACUACUAUUGUUGAAAUUCAUCAAUAAAGUGCAGG